GAUAGUUUGACGUGAACUGUUUGGAGCUUCUGUGCCACCUGACAGAAAACUGCGUGCCCGGGAAGGAGCACCAGCUGUGCAAUUCUUUGCCCAUUUCCAGGUGGAAUCAGGCUCACUUCGGUCAAGAACAUCUGAACCCACGGUGGCAAUAUUCUUACUGCUGUGAGAGACCUUCCCACCAAGUCCAGCAGCUUCUUUUCUUUACUGUGCACCCUCUGCUGGUUAGUGUGGUAGAGUGAGCUCAGAGAAAAGAAGGAAUCUGAUCCAUGAAAACCUAGGUUUUUUAAGAGACCAACAUGUCCUCUCCUGCCAGUCCCAAAAUCCUAUACAGGAAUCCCCGGUUCCUCCGGCUAGCUUUUCUGCAGCUUCAUCACCAGCAACAGAGUGGUGUGUUCUGUGAUGUCCUUCUGCAGGCAGAAGGUGAGGCAGUCCCAGCCCAUUGCUGCAUCCUUUCGGCCUGCAGCCCCUUCUUCACAGAGCGCCUGGAGCGGGAGAGGCCAGCUCAGGGUCGGAAGGUGGUGCUCGAGCUGGGGGGCCUGAAGAUCAGGACACUUAGGAAGCUGGUGGACUUCCUGUAUACCUCAGAGAUGGAAGUAUCUCGAGAAGAAGCCCAGGAUGUGCUUUCUGCUGCCCGGCAGCUCCGUGUAUCUGAGCUAGAAUCCCUCCAUCUAGAGGGUGGGAAGUUGGUGAAGGCCCCUCAGGGUCGAAGACUGAACAGGGAGUGCCUACAACCUCCAAGUGCUGCUCCCAUCUCUGCCAGGGUGGUGGCAUCCAUCUGCCGCCCGCGAACUCCACUGCCUGUUACCCAGACUCCCUGUCCUCUUGGGGCAGUGAGAUUGAAGUCCUCGGGGAAGGAGGAGGGGCCCCAGGAGAACAACCGACAGAACACAGAGAACCUGUCGGGCACGCUUCUGCUCAAGAGGAAGGCCAGAGCCUGCCCAACUCCACAAGAAAAAGACUCUUCACCAUCAAGCCACAGUCAGGGACCUAAAGAGUACAAAAGUUACCCUGCCCUUGGUCCUACAGCACUUUCCCCACCCAGCUUGUACCCCUCUGUGGACGAGCGACUGUUGCCCAGGAAGAUCAGGCUGAGCCGCUCAAAGCUGUCUCCUGAUGUCUGUACGUCCAAGCCUGCCGGCCUUUUAAGUGGACCCAGCUCAGUACCCCCAGCCCCUGGCCGGCGUCUCUGGCGGCAGAAGAGUAUAAAGAAAGAAGCACCAGAGGACAAGCAGAAAACAGGGCGAACUAGUCCUCUACAGAGCACCCCAAGCCAGUCUGGCCUUGGAAAGUCGGGUGGGAACAGGAAGCAGAGCCCUGAGGUCAGGGCACCUAACUCAGACCCCGCAGAGGGGCAGGUCAGCAGAGUGAAGCUUCGCAAGAUCGUCAACGGGACCUGCUGGGAGGUAGUUCAAGAGCCUCCCCUCAAAAACUCUCCAGAUAGCCCUCAGAUCCCAGAACCUGAAGACUCAGAAGAGCCUCCAGGGACUCGGCCGUCCUCAGGUAACGAGCAGGAAGUGACGUCUGCUAGAAUAGAGCUGUGUGACGACUCCCCCAUGCACUCUAGGCUACAAGACAUCCUGCUCUCUGCUAGCCACUCCCCGGACAACCCAGUGGUGAAGUCCGGGUUUGGGUCCAGUCCAGAGCUGACAGGGCAGGAACCGGGACUGGAUAUUGACUGCAGAGAGCCCUAUGCAUUUGACACAGCCCUGCUCGGGCAGCCGUGCGAGGCUGAGGAGUACCGAAUCACCAGUGCUGCUGCCACCAGUGAGCUGGAGGAAAUCCUGGACUUCAUGCUCUGUGGCUCAGACAUCGAGCCACCCAUAGGGUCUCUGGAGAGUCCCCGGGCUGAGGGCUGCAGGACCCCUAGUUAUCACCUGACAGAAACAGGAAAGAACUGGAUUGAAGGGGAAGAAUGGUGUUUGCCAGACGUGGAGCUCUGGCCCAGGGAAAUCACAGGAUUGGAAAAGGAACCUGCUGGUGAGAACAAAGGGCCAACUGAGCCUUUUAGCCCCCUUGUCAUGGCCUCUGAGGUGAGUGAAGGGGAGGUGCUUUCAAUGGGAGGCUCUUGGACUCCAGACCUGGAAAUUCCCAGCUCCCAGCCACUGGAUGGUCAGAGAGACAAACUUUUCCACAUCAACCCCCUUGACCCUCCCCAAAGGUCCUAUGGGGACCUCUUACCUCCCUGUUCAAACUGGGUGGAGACUGGGCUGGAAGUGUCCCUAACUCCGGAUGAAGUAUUAUACCCUGCUCCAGAGGCAAGCAAGGAGGGAUUUAGCAACUCUGAGUUGUUGGAUCCACUUCCUGCUAGCCCUGAAGAGGAAGAGAUUGAUGUGGUGGACUCGAUGUCAGAGGGGAUUGUGCCCAUAAGUAUUCCCUCCGUAUGGCCCGACCCUUCCUCAGAGUCAGAAACAGAGGUGGACAUACUAACGUAA